AUGAAGAAAGAUUUCUCCUGCUGCUGUCCAUCCCUGAUCCCCAGCAGGGAAACUGCUUGUUUCUACUUACUCUUUGUGCUCAUUGCUCUGUACAUGCUGGCUGGUGCUGCUAUUUUUUCUUCUUUGGAGAGGCCAGCAGAGCUUAAGGCCCACAAGCUCUGGGAAUCAAGACUAAAGGACUUCAGUCAGGAAUAUAACAUCAGCUGUGAUGACCUUAAGUCUCUGUUAUGCUACUACGAGGAGGCGAGGACAGCAGGCAUCAGGGCAGAACAAGGCAGAGCCCUGUGGGACAUUCCAGGCGCGUUUUAUUUUGUGGGAACUGUAGUCUCCACCAUCGGUGAGUAUAGAGAAGACCUGGCACUAAAGUCUAAAACCUGGUAUCAUUUUUUUAUAUUUAUGCAUAUUUUCUUCAGAUUACACACAAUCACAGAGUUGCAGAGUCCUCUGAGACAGACCAGCCUCACCUGCAAGUAACACCACAAAAGUUUUCACAACUUAACAGUUAAAUGUGAUGUGGUCUUAAAAACAUGUUCAUCUCUUGUGAGGAACUUUUUCCUUUUUGUUCUCAUUGUUCUAGUUCUUUGGAAAAACUUAGAAUUGAUAUCUUGGAGCUGAUCCAUAAACCAUGAUCGUUUAGACUUAGCACAUGGAGUAAGUUCAUUUGUGUUUGAUAGAUCAUUUCCUUGUUGGAACAAUACCUCUUGGAAAUGAAUAUCUCCUGUUGGACAGCCUGUUCAUUUGUAAGGAACAUGCAUUUGUUGGAUGAGAAGUAGAGUUAAGUAUGUGGGUGGUGCCCAUGAAAAAGUUCCCAAAUCUCUGUCAAUGCAAAACAGCUUUUUCUGCCAUUUAACCUUGUUUGGUGGAUUGGAUGAUAUAACCAUACAAAGCUACAAAAGCCUAACACUUCCUCCUCAUGCUGGUCACCAGCCUGGUCACACUCUGAUUCUCGAACCAAAGUCAGCCCGUGUGUUUCAGCUGGUCACUCUGGCAUAAACAGUGCAUCCCAGCUGAUCUCACAAGCGUUCAGUUGUGUUGCAGUCAGGACUGCUGACAGGCUGCUCUAUCCUCUCCACUCCCAGUUAACUGAACUGUGGCGACUAUUGUCAACUUGGAAGAUAGAGUUCGAUCCCAGACUAUUGAGAUGUGGGACUGCCACUGGUUGCGAAAUCUCAUUUCAAUAUAUCUUUGCACUGAUAGCCUCCAAAGAUGACUGGCCUUGUUUUUCAGCCAGGGGUUGCUGCCCCACACCAUCACACUGCUUCCACCUAAAGAUGCUCUUCUAUCAGUGCAGCAAUCAGCACAGUGUUCUCCACAUCUUCACCAACUUUGGCCUUACCCUGCAAUUUCAUACACAGAAUUUGGACUCAUCGCUCAACGUACUGUUCCUCCACAUGUUCAGGUGCACAAGUUGCCGUCCCCGGCGCGAAUAAGCGUGUUGAUAAAGGGCAGUCAUAACAGGUCUCCUGGCAGCCCUAUGAGACCAGAGAUAGACCUUUUUCACAGUACGCGGAAGUUAGCAUUCUGCUCACUUCCGGUGUUAGCGUGUGGUGGAGCCACUUAACAUCGCCUAUAGACGGCCAUUUAUUUUUCACGAUAUUAACAAGCUCGCGACUCGUUUUUUUGAAAGGUAACGUAAAAUUUUAUGCUUUGUGCUGUUUAACUAACUCCUGUUCUACAUAAUACUGUCCGGAUUUUGUAUUUUACUUUUCGGGAAUUAGUUUUAGUAGGUCUGGAAAUUUUCUGAUGAUGGUAACCAUUGCUCUUGAGUAAUGACCUAUUAAACAUAAUUCCCGAAAAGUAAAGUACAAAAUCCGGACAUUACUUUGUAGAACAGGAGUUAGUAAAACAGCACAAAGCAUACAAUUCUACAUUACCUUUCAAAAAAACGAGUCGCGAGCUUGUUAAUAUCGUGAAAAAUGAAUGGCCGUCUAUGAGCGAUGCUAAGUGGCUCCACCACACGCUAACACCGGAAGUGAGCAGAAUGCUAACUUCCGCGUACUGUGAAAAUAGGUCUGUUGGCUGUGUGCAGUCUGUCCUGGUUCGUCUGAGCGGAGAACCAUUGGCCGUGUUGUCCUGAAAACCUUUAAAUGCUGCAAAUCUGUAGAAGACAACCUAAGUGCUGAUAGGAUGUGGAAACGGUCUUCCUGGGAUGCCCACUUACUGCCUGUCUCUGACAUCUCCAACUUUUUCACUCAGCUCUGUUGCUCAUCUCACAAAUGCUUGUUCCUCACAAACCUGUUACUAUUUAAAAGGGAAGUGACCAGGCUGUCCAACAGUAUAAUAUUUAUUGCCAAGAAGCAUUGUUACAACAAAGAAAUGAUCCUUCAAACACAACUGGACUUCGUUUUUAUGCCAAUUUUAUGUUAAAAAAAAGAGAAAACAAUAAAGGCCACCAACACUCCUAACUUCAAACAGAUAAAAUGGAGACCAGCUGUACAGCACUUUCAUCAUAAUGUUUGACUACAGGACCUCCUGAUGACUUGUCGAUAACUAUCUGUGUAACAUAUAUCUAUUAUACUCGCUGUAUCUCAUCACAAACACUUAUCACAUGAAUCUACAUCUAUCUUAGGAGGCUAAAAAGGAACAGUCCAUCAAAAUCGAUACUUUGCCUGUAUCUACGGAGGACAAACCAUAUCCCAGAGAUAACAAACAAACCAGUCUCAUCUCUGAAUCAAUUUACAGCCUUCAAACUGUACCUACUAUCUUCAGCUACUCUGUCACUGUGGAAACUGAAGGACAGACGCUGUGGCGCCUAUAUCAAUUUCCUUUUUAAAACUACUUCCAUAUUGACUGCAAUAGUUUUUUUGUGUAAUUACCCCUCUGGGCUUUGUGACUCGUAAAAAAGAAACAACAAUUUGACAUUUUAUGACUGAUGGUCAUAUUCAUGCAUCCCAUGCUGCCUUUCCUUCCUUGCCUACGACUUUCUUAAUUAGGAAAUAAGACAUAUCCCUUUAAAAUGAUAUUGACUUCGAUUACUGGUAAUGGCAGGAAAAUGAUCUCACAUAAUGUCCCUGUAAUCUUUUACAGACUUUGAACUAUGUUUGUCUUUACAGAGUAUGUGAGGUAUGCACAGUGUGUCUAUCCCAGGAAGGAAAAAGGCACAAGAAAAACAUCAUUAAUCUAAAACAUGCAAUCAUCUGGUUUUUUGAUGGAUCCAAAAAUGACUCAACCAGUCCACGGUUUUUCAUGUAGCGUAGGCGACAUCCGUCAAAACAGCUGUUACAAUGGGAAAUACACGUGUUGCAAGAUUUCAGUCGCCCGGAUGUGUAUUUUCAGACCACAGGACCACUUGAUCAUGAAUUUUUUUCAUACAUACCGAAGGGAGGAAGGAGGCAGCAUCCUCUUCAUACACAACACCUGGACAAAUCCGUCUGCCUGGAAAUUCUCACACAUUCCCAAGUCUGCUUUACUUUCCUGACAUAAAUCAAUUCUCUGUUAGCUGACCACACAAAUUGUUGUGUUUGCGCCAGUCAUUUUGUUUCCACACAGUUUUCAAUUCCUUUGUUGGCGUGUUCUCAAACAAAGGUGACAUUUAAGGAAUCUAAAACAUCUGGGAGAAACUUUGGCUUUGUGUUGAUUUUGGCACCUCCCGACAGCAAGGUGAUACUUUGACCUGUGCUUGCAUGUGCCAUCUAUAGUUUAGAGUGCACGAGGUGAGUCUAUGGUUAUCAGUUUUCAAAAGAAGAAUAAGGCAAUUCAGUAACAACUGAGUUGCAAUUACAGCUACUUCUGGCUUCUUCUUUACUGAGGAGUCAUCAGAGAAGCUGCAAAACAGCUUCAUGUGGCCGCUGUUGUCAUGAAAACAGCUUUUCUUCACAACUAACAGAAACUUUCUGAGACAUACUGACUCAGGAAAGUGCAGAGCAGAAGAAAAGCUGAGUGGUGAGCUGGAUUUUCCAUGUGGGGUAAAAUUUUUAUGAACCUCCAGUGGGUCUGUCGCUGGAACACUAGUCUGGUUGUCUGACCUGGGACACCAGAAAACACGUCUGGGGCUAACAUCAACAUCUGUGUAUCUCAUUAAUAUGAAACUUUGCCAAAGUAAGGGCAUCCCACAUUGCAACAUGCGAUAGUACAUAUAUGUAGUGAGCUACAACUUCAGGUCACUUGGAACCUCAGGUGUUGUGGUCCCAAAAAGAGUAUGCAUUAAUCAUGUUUGCCAUUCAGACAACCAAAUAAGACCGUUUCAAGCAGGAAUACCUCAGCCCAAACUGACCCUGAACCCAGUGAUUUGAAAAGAGGAAUAUAUUCAUUUUCACUGCCCCUCUGUUGAGUUUUUGUCAUUACUGGAACAAAUUUAAAGUCUAACCGGCUGAUUGAACGCAUAAUAAACCAACCUGAGACCUUAACAUUAACAGAGUAGGACCAGAUCAGACCCAGGCUUGAUUGAGCAAAAUCAAAUAAGGGAUCGGGCUCAGUAUGGGUCCUGGGUAUGUUUCAAGUAGGCCAUUGAAGACCUCUAGUUCCAAGAAACAGGGGUGGAGUUGAGCGAAGUUGUACCAUGCAGCAGCAGCAGCAAGUUUUGGGACAUUAAAUUUGGGAAAUCUGUGACAGUGUCUUUAAUGUCGGGUGUUAUUUUUAACCUCUCAUGUUUUACACAGGAUUUGGAGUGACGGCCCCAUCAACUGUGACGGGGAAGGUCUUGCUUGUUUUCUACGGAUUGCUGGGCUGCUCUGCUGCCAUACUCUUCUUCAAUCUCUUCCUGGAGAGAGUCAUAACGUUGCUGAGCUUCUUGAUAUUCUGGUGCCAUAGAAAGAGAAGAGGAUCCGACAGAUUAGACAGCAGAGCCGGUGACACGAUCAGCGAUAUGGAGCGGAAACCAUCAGUUUACCAAGUCACGCUCAUUCUUUUUGUUGCUGUUUUGCUCGUUGCGUGUGGAGCUGCUUCCCUUUAUUCAGUCAUGGAGGGCUGGACUUACUUGGAGUCCCUCUACUUUUGCUUUGUGGCCUUCAGCACAGUUGGUUUCGGCGAUUUCGUGAGUGGCCAGAGAGAGCACCAUGAGGACUCUCGGGGGUACCAGGUUGCAAACUGUCUCAUGAUGCUCUUGGGAGUGUGUUGCACUUACUCCCUGUUUAAUGCAAUCUCUGUGAUCAUAAAGCAGGGACUGAACUGGACGUUAGGAACACUGGCCUGGAUGUAUAGUGGUAUCCACCACCACAGGUCAAAGAUCAAACUCUGUUUUUCCGACCCUGAGGUACCAACAUGUUAUUGUGAGAAUGACACUCAGCACAGACAGCAGGUACAGGCAGUUUGCAGCUCAGGCCACAGUAUGCUCUGUCACUUCUGUGAUCCCAGUUCUAUCGGUAAAUGCCUUUGUGAAAACGCCAGAGUGAAAAAAGUGUGCUACAGAAAUAUAAAAAGAGAAGCCUCUGUAAAACAGGAGCAGGAUAAUUGUUCAUAUGAAGAGUAUCAAACCCAUGCUAUCCCACUGGCAUCAUAA